GUCCCCCAACCUUCCGACAUCCAAAUUCAACCACCACUAGAACAACAACCAACAUCUGUUCAUUCAAUUGAAGAAGAAAAAUCGGCAAAAAAGGAACGUCGACAAUGCAGAAAAAUGUGAAGAAAUAUUGAAGCAAUUGAUGCCGUCGACAAGUAAACAAAGGAAAAGUUUGGAAGAGGAAGAUGAUUUGUUGCCUCCUAAAAAGAUUAAUGAAGAGGAUGAAUUGGCAAGGCUUAAAUUGCAAAUCCUUCUCGCCAACUUUACCCAAGAACAACUUGAACGCUAUGAAACGAUGAGACGUGCCAGUUUUCCAAAAUCGGCGAUUCGACGGUUGAUUAGCCAAUUUGCUGGUGUUUCUGUUGGUCAAAACGUAGUUAUUGCGAUUGCUGGUAUGGCUAAGGUGUUCACUGGAGAGUUGAUUGAAGAAGGUUAUUUAUAAAUUUGUUUGGUGUUAUUAAGGUUUAGUGGGAUUUUUCGUUUUCUUUGAGUUCCGACGGUCUCAAUUGAACCUUUCAAGUGGGUCAUUGGAAGGGUUCGUACUUUUCAGUGGGUCUUUGGGUUCUGCCAGUCUCAAUGAACUGUUCCGGCUUGACAUUUAUUCUUCCUUAUGCCUGCCUCUGACCUUCCACCGAAGAAAAAAUAAACGGGAUAUGGUUUUUCUGGGUUCCGUGGAGUAGUGUUUUUCUCGUUUAUUGGGUUCUGCCAAUCUCAUGGAACUUUUUUUAGAGAAAAUAGGAUUGGGAAUUAGUGGGCCACAUAGAUUUUUCUUAUGUCUGCCUCCAUUCCUCCAAUGAAAAAAAGGGACAUGGGUUCUCGGAUAACUUCCUAGUAUUCUGGGGAAUAAUCUGGUAGAGGAACAUUCUCUGGGGGAAAAAUAUUCUUGUCUUGGUCAUAGGAAUUUUUUUCUAAUUAAAAAAUUCUCCUUUUCAGCACUGGACAUCCAAAAAGCUGAGCGUGAAACCAACAAAGAAGCUUCAUCAUCCUCUGAGCCUUUAACACCACGACAUUUGCAAUUGGCCCUAGACAAGCUUGACAAGCAAGGAAAGUUGUUUCCGGCUAGACCAAGAAGAUGUACAUUUUUAGAUAGAAGAUUCUUUUGAGAUAAUUUUGAUGUUUUUUGAAAAGAAUUGUUUUAUAAAUUUUUAUUUUUUAAAUAAAAUUUUUAAAGAAGCGUUGUAAUAAGUUGAGUAAAUUCAAGCAAGAAAUUUUGUCUAAGUAGGAAUUUUUGGGAGGAUUUUUUCCUAGUUUGGGUGGGGACUCUUCAAGUCUGAGUGGGAACUUUUGGGAAUGUUCCAAGUCUAAGUGGGAAUUUUUUGGG